GCAGACUUGGGCAAGAACAGUAGAAAGUGAGGCAAAGGACGUCGGUACCACAUGUGCCCAACUGAGGGGGGCUGCCCAAAACCGGGUUCGCUGAUGAGGUGUUGGUGUAGCCCUGUGCUCCUCGAGGAGUAACAAGGAAUAAACUACAAAACGUGCAGUAUAUAGUCCAUCGGUUGAGUAUAGCAUUGCUUUCUGUGAGAAGGUGGCCAUUGCUGUCUUUGAUCAGUUUGAUGACCGAGUUCUUGUGUUGACUGCAUUAGUGAUGGUCCUUAUAGUAGUUGGUGGGCCUUUUUGCUGUCAUCCCGUGCCAUUCCCUCCUCUAUGGUCUGACAUUGGCUCUCAAUCCAGGUUUACUUCAUCUUUUUUCUUUUCACUUCUUUGUAUCUGGAAGUUGCUUCGGGUUAGCUUUUCCUUUCUCUCUUCAAAGUCGUCCUUUGGUCACAGAGAUCUAGGAUGUCGUCCGAGACCCAUGAUUGUUUCUUCUUCUAUUGACCCCCUUGAAAUGUUGACAGUAGAACCUUUUCGAUGCUUUCAGCGAAGAUGUCUUGCAUGAUAUUGUGAACAGCACCGAUGAUAAAGGGGUACCUUUGACGUACGCAUACACGUACUGUAGUGCGAAAGUGAACUAUUUUGUUAUCCAGCACUUCUUUGAAGUGGGGUUCACAUCAACAGAAGAUAAACAUUUACAAUCAUACUUAUACAAUACGAGGGUGUGUGUGUGGAAGUUUGGGGGUGGGGGCUGACUGGGGUUUCACGCCGAGCCAGGAACUAUAAGGCUAUAUCACAACAAAGCAGCCCUGCAGCUGCAAACAGAUAUGCACCUGCAGAGGAAGAACAGCAUCCCCAAGUGCAUUUAAUAGAAAAAACACCAAACUAAAGAACAAAUAAAAUAAAUACAAAGGCUUUAAAAGUGGCGCACGCCUAGCUGUUGCAGUAUUUGACGUUAAUAGCGUCUGGCGGAGGUCGAAUCGACCCAGACCCAAAAGACAACUCGACCACCGAUAUCGCAAUAUAGAAAGUCGAUAUGUCUGGAGCGAUCUGCGUUUUGAGUCGACGUGACCGGUGACCGAUUGGUUGGUUCGAUAAAGAAAAUGUCUUUUCCUUGGGGUGAUCUGGACAGUUCUCGACCUGCGAUUCUGUCUUGAUAUUUGUUAAAUUCACUCGCCCACUGUGCCACCGGAACUCUCCGGUCUCCAUUCUAAGGCCAGUAACUCUCCGCGCUUGCUCAUGAUGGUGGAACGCCUCCUUAGUGGAAGUGUAGGACCACGAACCUACAUGUAAUUUGCUGCUGUUAACAUGAAAUGAUCAUCGCACAGAUUUCUUUAAGGUUGAAAUACUGAGAUAAAUCAUAGCAAGAUGGCAUCCAUCUUGGACCAGUAUGAGGAAGAAUUUACACGAACAUCAACAGGAAAACCUGCUGUGCGAUCUACAGCCCAAGACAUAGGGUUACCAGGCUAUGUCGAUGCCAGACUGGAAGAUGAGACACCAAUAUUUAGUAGAGUCAAACUCAACUACAAGUGCUACAAUAACACAUCUGUGUGCUGGAAUAAUAUUCUGGUUCUCGCUCUUUCUACCAACUGUUUGGUUCGUGUGGAAGUGGAAACUCAACAGGCCACUGAAAUUGAGUUGCCAAGCCCUGUAACAGACAGAGUGCAUCAGAUUUUUCUGGACCCCACAGGGAAGCACUUACUUAUCUCUCUAGGUUCACAAGAAAAUUAUUAUGUUUCCCUUGGGACAUCAGCAAGGAAGCCCAAAAAUAUUGCAAAGCUUAAGGGUCAUUUGAUUGAUUCUGUAGGAUGGAACUGGCAAAAUGCUAAUGAAAAAACAACUGGUGCAAUCCUUUUAGGGACCAACAAAGGCCUGAUUUUUGAAACAGAGCUGACACAGUUUGAUGACAGUCGUUUCUUUCAGGGCAAUGUUGAUCUUUAUCUCAAACAGCUGUUUAAGUUGUUCAAUCUUGGCCGUGAGCGUGCAGAACCAGUAACAGGACUUCAGUUUGACCGUAUGCCAUGUUCUGACCUGUCAGUGUACCGAUAUUACAUCCUCGUUACAACACCAGGACGUUUGUAUCAGUUUAUUGGAACUGUAUCAACAAGUGCAGACCCUCCCAUGUUCACACCCCUUUUCCAGCAAUAUGAGUCUGGAGCAGAUCACCCACAGUUCUUGGAACUUCCAGGAAACUUUGGUUACAGUGACUUGCACCUGUUUUUUCCAAAAUUCCGACAGCCUGCCCUGACAUUUGCAUGGUUAACUGGUCCAGGUAUUUAUUAUGGCAACAUUGAUGUCACAGGCUCUGCAGGCCCUAAUUCUGUCAUGUCCAGCUCAAAACUUAUUCCUUAUCCUAAGGAUAUUGACGAGCAGAAAGUGCAUCCCAUUGGCAUGGCCUUGACAGAAUUCCAUAUGCUAGUGCUAUAUUCUGACAGGACAAGAGCUAUCUGUUCCCUGAAUGAGCAGAUGAUACUGGAUGAUGUGAUACCUGAUCGCUUUGGUCGCAUGCUUGGAAUACGCAAAGAUCCUAUCCGAGGUACCAUCUGGGCUUUUUCCUCACAGGUGGUGUUUUUCUACAAAGUGUGCAGAGAGUCCAGGGAUGUAUGGCAGAUGUACCUGGAGAAAGGAGAUUUUGAGGUGGCAAAGAAAUACUGCCAGGAUAGUCGCUUUAACCUGGAAAAGGUAUUGAUCAAGCAAGCUGAACACCUGUUUGAAAUAGGAAAGUAUGAAGAGAGUGCAGCCAUGUAUGCUCAAACACAAAAUUCAUUUGAAGAAGUAGCCCUUAAGUUCAUCAAACUGAGCAACAAGGAGCCGCUACAGACGUUUAUCAUUGAGAAGCUUAGCUCCCUACGACCUCAGGACAAGACACAGAUGACGAUGCUGGUGACAUGGAUAGUUGAGCUGUUUCUGAACACUCUUGGCAGAUUGAAAGAACAGGGUCAGGAUGAAACCUAUGAAUAUGAAAGCACUCAGGAAAAGUUUCGCAAGUUCAUGGCAAGCAUGCGGAUCAAGGAAUGCAUUACACUCAAUCGCACAGUUAUCUAUGACCUUAUUUCCAGUCAUGGUGAUAUAGAAGACUUGGUAUUUUUUGCACACCUUAUGAAAGAUUAUGAACGUGUGAUUAAUCACCAUUUUCACCAUGAAAAUUACCGGGGCGCUCUGGAAUGUCUCAUCAAACAGCCCGACAUUGAGCUGUAUUACAAGUUCAGCCCAGUUCUAAUGCAGCAUCUUCCUAGAGAGACUGUUGAUGCAUGGAUACGAGUGGGAAAGCAACUGGAUCCCAAAAAACUAAUUCCAGCUUUGGUUCAGUAUGACCACCUGAGAAACAUAGACCAAGGAAAUGAGGCCAUCCGUUAUCUGGAGACAUGCAUUCAGAAGUUUGAGAAUCGUGACAGUGCCAUCCACAACUACCUUCUAGCCCUGUAUGCCAAAUUUCAGCCUGACCACCUCAUGACUUACCUACAGCUGCAAGGGGAGGACCCAGACGAGAUAUGCUAUGAUGUGAAAUAUGCGCUACGGCUGUGUACAGAAUGCAAUCAUCACAGAGCCUGUGUCCAUGUGUAUUCCCUCAUGGGACUGUAUGAGGAGGCUGUAGAUAUGGCCCUCACAGUGGAUGUGGAGCUUGCUAAGCAGCAGGCAAAUAAACCGGCUGAAGAUGAUCUUGAGUUGCGCAAGAAGCUGUGGCUACGAAUUGCUCGGCAUGUAGUGGAGGAGGAGAAAGACAUCAAGCGUGCCAUGGAAUUCCUUCAUGAAUGUGACUUGCUGAAGAUUGAAGAUGUCUUGCCUUUCUUCCCUGACUUUGUCACCAUUGAUCAUUUCAAAGAUGCCAUUGUGUCAUCCUUGCAAGAAUACAAUCAGCAUAUUGAGUCACUCAAGAUUGAAAUGGAAGAGGCUACACAGAGUGCAGAAGAAAUACGACGCGAGAUUCAAAGUUUCCGCAACAAGUACUCCCUUGUGAAGGCAGAAGACAAGUGUAGUGUGUGCACAUACCCACUCAUGUCCCGGGCAUUCUACCUCUUUCCUUGUGGACACAAGUUUCACAUGGACUGUCUUAUAGCAGAAGUUCUGCCGACUCUACCAACUUCAAAGAAAAGUCAGGUAGAGAGUCUUCAGCGGAAACUUGCUGAGAUGGAGGGCAGCCCAGCUCACAAUCGUGCACCUGGAGGUCCAGAAAAAGCAGCAAAGGAUAUGGAUGUACAGACCAAGCUUCAUGACCUGGUUUCUUCAGAAUGCAUUUUCUGUGGUGACUUCAUGAUCAGAUGCAUCGACAAACAAUUUGUGGAAGAAGAAAAGUGGAGCAUCAUUGUUUCUGAGUGGGAGUGAAAACAUUUCUUUUCUUCCCUAUCUCUUAAUUGUUCAGCUGAAGCUGACUUGCUGGUCACAGAAAGGGAUGACAGCCUGAACUGGACUGCAUGAGAGAUGAUGAGGUAGAACAAUUCACAAGUGUCUGAUGUUGAUUGCAUAAACAGUUCUACAGACAUUCACAAAAGGAUCUGGCUUGAAGUUAUUCUUUGAAUAAGAAAUGAAAAGAAGAACCAUCUCUCAUAUUUCUUGCUUUGAGAGCUGCCUUGUAAAGGUCUGCAGAGUGGAAAUAUAUUAACAAAUUGCAGUUCCUUGCAUCUUGCAAAACAUGCCUUCAUCUCUUGUUGGGGACUGAAAGGCAAUCUGCAUUGCCACAUCCAGCAAAAGUGCAUUAUUUUUAAAUAAACUAUCAGUGAAGAUGACAGACACAAAAUCUUGGUGCUGUUCGGACAGGUGACAAUGGAUUUUUUGCCCCAUUUCCUCAUGGUACAGUAUCUAGCCAUGUUUUUAAUUUGGAAAUUACAUGAUGACAUUUAAAAAAAAAAUGGGGUUAAAAAAUUUGGGCGCUGAUUCAUUCUUCUGUUUGUCAUAGUUGUGUAUGGAUUCAUGUGCUACAUGUCAAUAUUUGUUAAAUGUAUCAAAUUUGGACAGAAGACACUAGCUGUGUCUUGUGCUAAGACAUAAGCCUGUUGCUAUAGAAACGAAAUGAAAGAAGUUGACAGUUGUUACCACCUGCAUGCCCGCCCUUGUGGUUAUGCAUGGUUUCAUUUAUUUGAGAGAUUAUCCUUACAUCUAGAUAUGUGAUGGCAGUCAGUUGUAUUAAGUGCGCAAACAUUCAAAGCCGUGACAAAACACCUUUGACAAUAAAUAGCAGAUGUAAAGCAGCUCCAUUUGCUUACAGACUUUCCAUUUGACUUACUCAAGUCAUUCUGUCAGGGAUUUUAUGAUAAAUAAGCUUACAACAGA